AUGACUGUAGCUUAUAAAGAGUUUCAAGCACAGAUGUUCAAGACCAAAAAGCGGUUCAAUGCUGCUAUACAGUCGCAAAAAAGUACGGUACAGGCGCGACGGAUACUGCUGGAAGAAGCGAAAAGACGGAAAAACAACACGAGAAGACCAUAUGAAAUUAAAAGUGCAGGGAACGGAGUUAAUGCAUUAAAACAAGUUGUAGAGUCAAUCGACGCUCUGCUUCCAGAAGAUGGACGAUUCAAUUUUACACAACUUGCAGUCAAGUACGGCCAUCCGGCGGUUGAAUAUGAGGUUGUAACAGAAGAUGGUUACAUCCUUAAAUUAUUUCACAUUCCUGGAACUAAAGGCAGACCAGUUUUACUUAUGCACGGAAUUGCAGAAUCAGCAGAUACGUGGAUUAUUAGAGGAAAUUUAUCUCUAGCUGUGGUUCUAGCUAAUUCAGGUUACGAUCUUUGGUUUGGCAAUGUUAGAGGUAAUAGAUAUUCACGACAUCACGUCAACGUCAAUCCCGAUGAUGACAAAACAUUUUGGAAUUUUAGUUUCCAUGAGUAUGGCUAUUAUGAUCUACCUGCAAUAAUAGACACUAUUCUCAACAAAACUGGUGCAGACAUGUUGAACGCUAUUGGAUAUUCACAAGGUAAUACAAUAUUUUAUGUGUUGUGUUCAACAAGACCAGAGUACAACUCGAAGAUUAAUGUAAUGAUGGCAUUGGCUCCAAUAUGCUACCUACAAAAUGUUCCACCUCCUCUUUCUACUUUGAUACAUUUUUCACCACUGAUCUAUAAAUUAUUUACUGUUUUGGAUAUGAAUGAGAUGUUUAAUGAUAAUUCACUAUUGAAUACUUUUAAGAAAUUAGUUUGCACUAGACCACAAAUUGGUUACGCAAUAUGCAUUGAAGGUUUAAUGUUUCCCAUAACUGGUUAUGAUAGUGAAGAACUUAAACCUGACUUUAUUCCUGUGCUCGUCGGUCACUUUCCUACAAGUGUUUCUUUGAAGGAUCUUUAUCAUUUCGCUCAAGUAGGAUUUCGAAGGAUUUUCGGGCAGUUCGACUAUGGAAAUGCAGGAAAUAUUAAAAAGUAUAAUUCUACUUUACCUCCCGUGUAUGAUUUAAAACUAGUUACAACGAAGAUAGUUCUGUAUGUUGGUUUAAAUGAUCGUCUCUCCACUACUGCCGAUGUUGCCAUUCUAAGAUCACAACUUCCAAACGUGUUACGUUAUAUAGUAAGCCCUAGACGGGAAUUUAAUCAUGUGGAUGAUGUUUCGGGUGAACAUAUGAAUUACUAUUUGUUUCCAUACAUAUAUGAUGUUUUAGAGUCAUACUAA